AUAAAUCAAAUGAGAAUACACAGUGAGCUGUAAAAGUAUCGUCUAAGGAAGAUGUCUGAAUCUACACCUGAAAAAAUUAGAACUCAACGUGAUGCUAAUGAACAAGACGAAAUAAUAAUACCUGUCAGCAGAGAACAAAUGGACAGGGCGAUUGCUGCCUUUCCACAGAGUAAGCUGAACAGAAGCAGUUCAAAUGCGUCACUACUCAGGAUUCCACAGAGGGAAGAACGAUCAGAUUCUGACGUGAGUAUAUCAAUAGUCAAAAGAUUACGCGAACUUCGUACAAAAUUCACCAAUCGAAUAGAGAUAAUAAAAGCUAAAGAAAUUGAUAAGGCUGAAGUUUCUGAAAGUGAAUCUGAAGAAGAAGAAACUGGUACAGAUCCAACGAAAUCCGAUGAAAAAGAACUUCAGCUGGGUGGUGAAUUUGUCACUAAAGAAGUUGUUGAAAAGUCAAUCCCAUGGUGGAAAAGGUAUCCUAAUCGACUACUGAUAAUACGACAGCCCUUAUGCCUGAUGUGUUUGAGUACAAAUCGAAAAUAUUUCAUCUCUAAACCUCAGCUACCAUGUAUCAGUAUUCAGUGUACAAAUACAGAGAAUAAACAGGUGAAAGUUGAAGAAGGCAUCAAAUCACCUGAACAAGAAAAUGAACAAUCUGAAGUCAUAGGGCAAGUAGAUAUCCAACUUAAACAGAUUUCAAUCCCACUACCAGCAUGGUUAGUAGGCCUUAAAGAUGUGUUCAGUGCAACGAUAUCACCAUACAGCAAUCUAUACCUCGGAUGGUUGGGUUUCCUGUUGAUAGCCGUUUUAUACAAUUAUAUAACAAUACCGUUUCGUGAAGCCUUCAAUAUUUAUGACGAUGAAGACAAUACAACUUUAUGGUAUACUCUAAAUUCCAUAAUGGAUACAAUUUACUUAUUGGAUAUUGUGUUGAUAAAACCACGUGUAGAAUUUUUGGAUAGUGGUAUUGUUAAGACAGAUUUUAAAUCGUGUGGAAUGAACUAUUUAAAAAGUCUGCAAUUUAAAAUUGACAUGGCAUCAAUUAUUCCGCUGGAUUUAUUUUCACUGUUGUAUGAAAAGGAUAUGGCACGUUUUCGAGUUCUACGUUUAUUGAAGGUUCAAGCAUUUUGGGAAGCAUUUGAAAAAUUGGAUCAACGUCUUAACGCUGGUUAUGCAGUACGACUUGCCCGGACAAUAAUUUACAUGUUAUAUAUUAUACAUAUAGAAACGUGUGGUUAUUAUCUGUUCAAUCGAUGGGAAGGUUUAGGUUCAACAUCUUGGACAAUUCAACCAGGUCAGAUUUCACCUUAUGUAUACGCAUUCUAUGUGUGUAUGAAAACUGCAACUUCAAUUGGAUCAUUACCGUCAGCAACAAAUAGUUAUGAAUUUUUAUUUAUGACAUGUUAUUGGUUAAGUGGAAUCCUGGUGUCCGCCAUUCUUAUUGGUCAGGUGAUUGAUAUAUUAGACUCAGCAAGUGCAAAUAAAGUGAAUUAUCGUAAGAUAAUGGAUGCCACAUUAUCAUCUAUGCAACAUUUGCAUGCACCAGAACAUGUUGUGAAUAAAGUUCGCAGUUGGUUCAUGUAUAAUUGGGAUCAACAAAAAACAUUUGAUGAAAACUCGUUGUUCGAAUCUUUACCGAUAAAGCUGAAAAGUGAUUUAGCCAUCAGUGUACAUUAUCAUACAUUAAGUAAAGUGUCUUUAUUUCAGAACUGUGAAAAAGCCCUAAUCUAUGAUAUGAUACUGAAACUGAAACCAGUAGUAUUUCUGCCCAUGGAUUAUAUUUGUCGAAAGGGUGAAGUCGGCAAAGAAAUGUAUAUUGUGAAAAGUGGUAUGGUCGAAGUUGUCGGUGGGCCAAAUAAUUCAAUUGUAUUUGUUACACUUAAGGAAGGCAGUGUGUUCGGUGAAAUAAGCUUACUAGCUUUAUCUGGAAAGAACAGGCGAACAGCUGAUGUCCGAUCGAAAGGAUUUUCAACACUUUUCAGUUUAUCAAAACAAGACUUUGAAGAAAUAAUGAAAAAUUAUCCACAAGCACAUGAAUUAUUGAAAAAACGAUCACAACGAAUGCUCAAUCGAGAUAAGAAAAAUGCAAAAGAUGGAGCAAAGAAGGAGAAGAAAAAGAAAAUGCAAAAAGAAAUCAGUCUUGAAGCUAAUGAUGAUGAUGCCGCAAUAGAAGUUAUACCUGAACGACCUGCCACUCCAAAAUUAGUAGAAACAGUUGUCAAGGCUAUUGAAUCUAUUUACCCGGAUAAACCGAUAACAAAACGAUUGAAGGGGAGUUUUUCUGAUGAGUCGGGAAAACGCCGUCAAUCCAGUUAUUUUAUAUCACCAAAAUAUCAUUUGGGCAGUGUAAAGUCAUCAAAUUCAAGUGAAAAGGAGCUUGAACGGUCUGGUGUUAAUGUCAAGGAAUCUGAACUAAACACUAUCAAUAAAACAGAUAACAACACAUUGAGUGUACCAGGUGAACCGCCGAAUCAAAACUUGCUCAGCACCACUUCAAAUGAAGACGCUAAUGUCAAAAAUGACAACAAUAAUAAUAGUAAUAAUAAUAAUAACAAUAAUAAAGAUAAGUACUAUGAUGAUGACGAGGAGGACGAAGAUAGUGAUGAGUGUGACGACUUCGAUGAAAAUAUUGCACAUGAAAAAGUAACUCAACAAUGGAUCAAUUUAUUAUCAGUUGACCGCAAUCCUAUAAAACGAAUCACAAGUUAUUUUCCGCAUAUAUGUUAACAAAUCAAAUUAACACUAGUGUAUUGAACAGACCAAAUACCGGCAUUCAAGAUGUUGAGUCGAAUUGAAGAAAAUGAGUACAGAACAUGCAUUAGUUGCGAAUUUGUUUUACAAACAACAAAAAAUGCACAUACAUAUAUAUACACAGACAGUAGUGUAUAAUUACCAGGGCUAUUGUUUACUCAUUAGACGUAUUAAUCACGAGAUGUUGUUGUUGAUGAUGAUGAUAAUGGUCAUGAUCUUGUUGUUUACCUUGGUUCUGUCUUAAAUCCACAUAUUUCAAAAGUGUUUCACGUACAGAUAGGUGCAAUUUUCGUCAUAAUGAAAAAUAAUACUAGAAAAAUUAUUGUAAAUUCGUCAGAUUAGAAUUAAUUAGUUACCAAUCAUUGCUGUUAUUAUUUGUGUGCA